AUACGGAAUCGUAGACAUUGUUUACAUAUGGCUGCUCUUAGGAAUUUCAAUUUUUAUUUUUAGGUUACUGAAGGUUGAGUAUAUAUAAUGUUUAGCAUUACCAUGGACAGUAUUCUAAUAUAAAGCAAUUAUUUUCAGCAAGACAAUCUAGAUUAGUAUAUUAUAUAUUUUUUCCACAUAUUUUGCUACAUGCUCAUGGCAUGGGCUGUAGUAAGAAUUAUAAAUACGAAGUGGCUAUUCCGAACUAUUCGGACCCGGCAACCAGAACUUGAUUGAAGAAGUUAGAGGUUGGGAUUAAAAAAUGUUUAAAAUAUUAUUGUUGGGUUUGUAAUAUAAAAUUUGGUAUCCAAAGAAAGAUAUUUGAAUGGGCUAUAUGUUUGUAAACUUAAUUCUUUAGUUAAACUUAAACUACCACAAAUGACAUCCGAAUAGCAUGGCAUAGCAUGUUCAUUUAGUCAAAAUGGACCUUGCACCAGACACCCAUCGGACACCCAUCGCCGCUAUUCGGACCCGGGUCCCUUUAGACAAAUGCCGGGUACGAAUAGCCGCAGCCAUAUAAAUAUUUAUAUAAUAUAAUAAUAAUAAUAAUAAAAGGUCUUGUAUAGCGCGGUACCCCAGCCUAGGGCUGGGCUCACCGCGCUGUACAUAAAAUUUUUUAUCAAAAGAGACAUAAUCAUGACAUUAAAAUAAAAUACAUUUAUGAAAUAAAGAACAGCAAUGUAUAUUCACCCACCCCACCACAUAACUUUUACAAGGCAAACCAUGGACGGCAGCCAGCAAGAUCAUUUAUCGGUCAGAGGGGGGGAAUCAGUCAGGGUAGUAUAAUUUAAAAAGAUAUGUUUUUAGUGCAGUUUUGAAGGCCUGGGUGGUUGGUAUAUUGCGUAUGUUUAGUGGCAAAGAAUUCCAUUGUUUGGGGGCGAAGAAAGAGAAAGAUCGUUCACCAUAUGUUUUAGUGUGUGUCUUGGGAACGGACAGAAUACGCGUGUCUGCAGAGGAGCGAAGCUGUCGAAGGGGUGAAUAGACAGAAAGAAGUUCGGUUAGAUAUGAAGGGCAGGAAUCCAAGAAAAAGUUGUGACAGAGAACAGACAACUAGAACAGACAACUUAUCGUCAAUGCGUGCCUGUAUAGGUAUAUAAGUGACGUGAUCACUUUUUUUUUGCCUUUAAAACUAGCCUAGCAGCUGAGUUUUGAACUUUCUGCAGUUUUUCUAUGCAGUCUUUUGGUGAACCUGACAGAAGAGAGUUGCAAUAGUCAAGACGAGAGAGUACAAGAGCACAGACUAGAGUUUUCGUAGCGCUAACUGUGAGGUAGUGGCAUAUGGAGCUGAUCUACAUAUAGCAUCAAAGCAUAGCCUAGUUUAUAAUUUUAUUUAAUUGAAUUAUUUAUCAAUCUUAUUCUUCCUUACUUGAUUACUUAGUAAUUCUAACUCUAGUCUGCCUUAUAAAAUGUAUGAACUAUAUUAUGUAUUAUUUCUAACGUCUACAUACUAUAUCAAUGAGGUAAUCUACCACUUGAGCGUUGUCAUGAAAAAAAUCAUGUUUUUCCGGCUUGAAGUGCUAUUUUAAAUUUAAACAGUUACUUUUUUAUGAUGUGGAUAGUGGAGAGAGGCCACUGGGUUUUCGGGGGCAUAGAAAGAGCGAGAGGGCACUUUUUUCUCAUCGAGGCUUGGUGGAAGAGACCUGAUUCAUUGCUUUGACUAGCUAACAGUGCUUGCAAGUACUAUAGUAUAGUCGAACCCGCUUAUUUUGACCUCGGUGAACUCGUCAACCAUGUUAUGUCGUUAUUUUUGAAGUGGAACUGCCAAAUUAUCUCUUUGUCUUAGCAUUUUCUCCUCGGUUAUGUUGAUUCUUUUAUGUCGCCGAACCCUGAUAUCUCGAGCACAAAUGGUGGUAAAAUUUUCCACUUAAUCUCGGUUAUCUCGAUCCCCAUGACCAAUCGCCGGCUUUUGAACUUGAACUCCGCAAGAAGAAAUAACAAACAAAAAAUAAACAAGUUUUUCAUAAUUAAAAAUAAUUAUUUAUUUCUCAAAAUACAGGACUUGUGUUUUAGAAUGAACCUAGAAAUAAUUUAAAUAAAUAUAUUUUCGGUUAUCUUGAUCAUCGGUUAUCUCAACAAUUUUUGGCUAACCUGAUGCCAUCAACAUAACCGGGUUCUACUAUAUUAAAAAUGAAAACAGUGACAGUGUUAAGAGUUUAGACUUAGACAUUCCUGAGAAGUUGAAAGAUACACCUUGAAACUGACACUUACCCCAAUGACAGUAAAUGAGAAAAAUUAAGUACCGGUACCGGGUAGUUAACUGUUUGAUGAGAAAUAUAAUUGUUACUUUUUUAUGUUUUAAGACUAUUAUUAUAAUUUUUUUAUUAUUAUAUGUGGUUUUAUAUAGCAUGGUACCCCAGCUAAGGGCUAGGCUGACCACGCUGUACAUACAAUUUAACAAACAUGAUAAAAAAACGUUAAAAAAUUAAUUGACAUACAUUAAUUAGAUAAAACAAAUCAAAUGUAUAUUUAAAACUAUUUACAUCUCAAGCCAUGGAUGACACUCAGUACCAUCAUUUUUCGGUCAGAGGUGGGAAUCGGUCAUGAUAGUAGAGAUUAAAGAGAUGUGUUUUGAGUGCAGUUUUGAAGGUCGUGAUGUUUGGUAUACUGCGGAUGUGUAAUGGAAGAGAAUUCCAUUGUUUGGGGGCACAGAAAGAGAACGAUCGUUCACCGUAUGUUUUUGUGCGAGUUUUGGGGACAGAAAGAAUAUGCACGUCUGCGGAGCAAAGCUGUCGAAGGGGUGAAUAAACAGGGAGAAGUUUGGUUAAAUAGGAAGGGGAGGAAUUCAAGAAAAAGUUGUAGCAGAGAGUUUGUAGUCAAUACCUGCUUGUAUAGGGAGCCAAUGAAGUGAAUGAAGCAGUGGUGUGACAUGAUCACGUUUUCUUUGCAGUUAUCUAGACGAACUAAACUUUGAAAAUGAUGGAAUUAGACCUGACUCGUGUGGACUACUUACAGGUAGGGCAUUUUAUAAGGUUUAAUAAAAAUAUAACAAUAAAUUGCACUGAGCAUAAUUUCUAUUAACUGUUAAAAAUAAAUAAAUUAACAUAAUUUGAUGCAGUCGAUAAGCUUCUAAGCUGUUGUUAGCUGCUCUUUCCAGUUAAAUAAAACUUAAAUUUGUAUUUUUCUUAAAAGAUUGAUUCAUAUAUAAUGCCAUUACUUCACAGAAGAGAAGCCUAAUUAAUUAUUGUUUUAAAGGUUGGAACAACAUGUCCCAAAACCAUGCAAGUUUUACCCCUAACAAACAAAACACAAAAGGUUAGUUUGCUCAUUAUUUAUUAUAGUUCUGUAAGAUCUAUAAACUUCUUUUUACUCAAGUCCACAAAAUUUACUGGAGCAUGCAGUGUUUAAGCGUUAAUUAGUUUUAAUGAGCUUCAUGAACAUGAAAUGUGUAAAAUGUUCAUUUAAAUGAAAAAUUAAUAUUUCCUUUUUAUUAACAGAUAGUAGUCGGUGAUAAUGAUGGUACUCUUCACUGCUUUGGACUCCGUAAAGGUCAAGUUCAAGUAUGCCAUAAAAAAUUUUUUUAAUGUUUAAAAUCCAUUUAGCCAUAAAUGACACAAUUAAAAAUUAUAUUAAAUAUUUAUCAUUGAACACUUUGUCUAAAACUUUAAUUUAAACUAAAAAAAACCAACAAGUUGAAAUCCUUUCUAAAAUGUAGUAAGUAGAGUAACAUUUUUCUUUAAAUUUUAAUGACAUUUUUAUUUAUUUCUUGAUUUUUCUCUUAUGGAAACUACCCUCAAACUUGAAGAUUGAAAAAUAUUUUUUGUUUUUCUUCUGAAGAUUGUAUUUAAAGCUGAAAAGAGCCACCAGCUAACUCGUGUUGUUUUAGGUGGUCAGGUUAGUGCAGCAAGGGACAGAAUCUUCACAACUAAUGGGGCAGAAGUCAAUGCAUACACAAAAAAAGGCAAAAACUUUCUGACCUUUGACACAAGUAUGGCAGAACCCGUACAGUCACUGUGAGUAAAUUGUUAAAAGAGGAAUAGGAAACAGCAAGCUUUCCCUCAUUAAGUAAUUUUUAAGCUUUUUAUUUUAAAUUCAAGAAAAUUUUGAUUUCUAUUGACUUAUUUGCUAGCUAAAGAAUAAAUAUUUAAAAAAUUAAUUAGUCCAAGAGAAAUGUUUUAUAUAGAUAUAAUCAAAUAUCAAGUUUAUAAUUUUUAUUAUGUAUUUUGUUGAAAAAAAAUGAUUAACUUCUUGCUGUCCAGAUAUGUUGAGGGCUCUGAUCUUCUUGCCUGUGGAAACUUUGUGUUUAAUCACUACCGGGACUGUAAAGAUAUUCACUACUAUCUGAGCAGUGAUAAGAUUAACGAUGUCCUCUGUCUUCCCUCUGAGAAACGUAAUGGCAUAACACCAAUUUUAGCAUGUCAGGACAGAGUCCUUAGAGUGCUGCAGGUAAUUUUAAGUAAUCUGUUUUUUGUUUUUUUUAAAAUUACUGUGAGAAUAUGCAAACCUAUUUAUAAGACAAGAUGCAAACAUCUGUUGAGCAGAAAACUAGACAAUUCUGUUUGAUGCAAACACUCUUUGAUUUAUAAAUUUAACAUCUUUUCCCAACAUUUAUUUUGAAACUAUUUAAUAGUUGUCAGAACAGUACUUAUCUUGUUGCUCCAUCUUGCAAAGUGUUUCCACCAGAGAGGAGUCAGAUAGAUAUUAUUAAGGAAAAAAUUAACAGGUUGUGAACAGGUCUAUCUGAAUCUUCAUUGGAUUUAGUUGAUUCAUUCUUGAAGGAAAGGAUUUUUUUUUAAAGUUUGUAAUAAAAUAAAGUUAAAGGAAAAGUAGAACUUUUUCAAGCAUGAAAUAAUUUGAUUUAAAAAUAAUAAUGUAAGGACAGAGCAGAUCAUACAUGGCAGUGAUAACUAAAAGCAUUUUAUUUGCUACUUUAAAGCCACUGACAUAUUGUCCACGCCACACAACAUUUCAUUAUAAAAUAAACAAAUGUCACACUCAAAUCAUUCAUCUAACCAGUUCUUGUCAACGAUGAUUUCUUCUUGAAUACAUCUAUUAGCAUAAUGUAAGAUACGUUCAUUAGCUGUCAAGAUAAUAAACUGUUAACAUUGGUUAGGUCAUAUCCAGUGCAAUGUGUGUACAUAUUACUGACAUGUUCCAGUAUUUAUUCAGUCUGACUCUAUCGGUUUGACUCUCCUCUCUUGACAGGGAUCAGAGCUGCUAUAUGAGGCUGAAGUGGCAGGACCUCCGGUGGUUUUAGAAUUGUUUGGAAAAACUGGUGGUAAAUUAGAUUGAUUUUCCAUUUUAUAUUUGUAUUCAAAUAAUUUUCCAAGAUUUUUGCUUAAAGCAUUACUUUGAGCAGAUUUUUAAGCAUAUGUUUAUAAUCUUCUUGUUACAGAACAUCAUAGCAGACAUUGGAAAUACAUCAUGAUUUGUAGAUUUUUGAUACAACCCAUAUUCUAAUACUUUUCCAAUUACUUUAAUUUUAUGUAGCUUAAUGAGACACAAAGAAAUUGUGUAAAUAAAACAAUAUAUAUUUAGUUUUAAUUACGAUUACACAAUGUACCAAUUCAAAUAUUUUGGUAAAUGCCUUCAUCAGCACAACAAACAAUAUAAAUAUAAUAAUAAUUUAAAUUCAUAUAAUAACAUCUUACCUACACCUAAAAAUGAAAGUAGGUGGAAGUAGAAUAUGAAAACCUUACAAGAAAAAGACAUUGCAGCUAUGUAAAAUUGUGAAUUCGGUUUAUACCAUGUGAAUUCAACUCAUCAAAUCUUUUUGUUAAUUUAGUUUCUAUAUAAAUUUCAUCAAAUGUAUUACUCGCAUACUAUAUACCAGUAACUGCAAUGUCUAUUAUUCUAUUAUGGUUAGCACUACUGAAAUUUUUAGCAAUGGGACCAAGGGCUUGUUUAUUGAUGGUGUAUACAUGUUCUCUAAAUUUAAUUUAUAGUUAUAUUAAUGUUUUUUGUUGUACUGAUGAAGGCAUUUUGAGAACAAUUUUAAGAGUGUGCAAUCAUUAUUAAAGCUUAACAUACGCCACUACCUCACAGUUAGUGCUACAAAAGCUCUAGUCUGUGCUCUUGUUCUCUCUUGUCUUGACUAUUGCAACUCUCUUCUGUCAGGUUCACCAAAACACUGCAUAGAAAAACUUCAGAAAGUUCAAAACUCAGCUGCUAGGCUAGUUUUAAAGGCAAAAAAAAAGUGAUCACGUCACUCCACUACUCCAUUCCCUUCAUUGGCUACCUAUACAGGCACGCAUUGACUACAAGUUGUCUGUUCUCUGUCACAACUUUUUCUUGGAUUCCUGCCCUUCAUAUCUAACCGAACUUCUUUCUGUCUAUUCACCCCUUCGACAGCUUCGCUCCUCUGCAGACACGCGUAUUCUGUCCGUUCCCAAGACACACACUAAAACAUAUGGUGAACGAUCUUUCUCUUUCUUCGCCCCCAAACAAUGGAAUUCUUUGCCACUAAACAUACGCAAUAUACCAACCACCCAGGCCUUCAAAACUGCACUAAAAACAUAUCUUUUUAAAUUAUACUACCCUGACUGAUUCCCCCCCUCUGACCGAUAAAUGAUCUUGCUGGCUGCCGUCCAUGGUUUGCCUUGUAAAAGUUAUGUGGUGGGGUUGGUGAAUAUACAUUGCUGUUCUUUAUUUCAUAAAUGUAUUUUAUUUUAAUGUCAUGAUUAUGUCUCAGAGGGAUCACCCUGCUGUCCAUCCCAGGAAAGGUUUUCAACCGUGUACUACUUAACAGGAUGAAAAACGCUGUAGACCCUCUGUUGCGGGACGAACAAGCCGGCUUUCGCACCAACAGAUCCUGCACAGACCAUCACUGCGCAUCAUUCUAGAGCAGUCACUAGAGUGAAACUCGCCGCUCUAUGUCAACUUUGUUGACUAUGAAAAAGCCUUCGACAGUGUUGACAGGCAAACCCUGUGGAGAUUGCUAAGGCAUUACGGGGUGCCAUAGAAGAUUACUGAUAUAAUCAGAAACAUGUACGAAGGGAUAAACUGCCGAGUUAUCCAUGGCCAGCAGUUGACAGAUGCUUUCCAGGUGAAGACUGGUGUGAGACAAGGUUGCUUGCUGUCACCAUUCCUCUUCCUGUUAGCCAUUGACUGGGUGAUGAAAACAUCUACACAGCAGAAAAGAAAUGGCAUCCAAUGGACCUUGUGGGAUCAACUGGAUGAUCUUGACUUUGCUGAUGAUCUUGCACUUCUUGCACAUACCCAACAACAGAUGCAGGAGAAAACAAACAUUGUCGCAGCCACUUCUGCUAGCAUGGGUCUCAACAUUCACAAAGGGAAGAGUAAAAUCCUCAAGGUUAAUGCCACCAGUACAUCACCCAUUAUGCUUGAAGGAGAAGCCCUUGAGGAGGUGGACAGUUUUGUUUACCUUGGCAGCAUGGUAGAUAAACAAGGUGGUACAGAUGCGGACGUCAAAAUAAGGAUAGGAAAAGCAAGAGCAGCCUUCCAACAACUCAAGAAUGUUUGGGUCUCUAACAACUUAGGCAGCAAGUUAAAAGUAAGGAUUUUUAACGCUAUGGUAAAACCUGUGCUGCUAUAUGGAGCCGAGACAUGGAGAACAACGGCCGUAAACCUGACCAGAAUCCAGUCCUUCAUCAACAACUGUCUAAGAAGGAUUCUCAGAAUUCACUGGCCAGACAAAAUCAGCAACCAGGAACUGUGGCAGCGGACAAAACAGAAACCCAUUGAGGAAGAGAUUCUCCAGAAGCGGUGGAGGUGGAUUGGUCAUACACUAAGAAAACCUGCUUCUAACAUAACAAAGCAAGCCCUGAAAUGGAACCCACAGGGUAAGCGGAAAAGAGGCCGUCCAAGAAACACUUGGCGCCGAGAAUUGGAGACAGACAUCAAGAAAAUUGGCCAUGAAUGGAAGAUCCUGGAGAAGCUGGCCCAGGAUAGAGAUGCCUGGAGGUCUCUCGUAGGUGGCCUAUGCCCUUGGAGGAACCGCAGACGCCGACGAUGAUCGGUGGAUGCCCCUCAUGGACGAGAAGGCUCAACAACCCUGACUGUAUCCCCUCCUCUGACCGAUAAAUGAUCUUGCUGGCUGCCGUCCAUGGUUUGUCUUGUAAAAGUUAUGUGGUGGGGUGGGUGAAUAUACAUUGCUGUUCUUUAUUUCAUAAAUGUAUUUCAUUUUAAUGUCAUGAUUAUGUCUCUUUUGAUAAAAUUUUUAUAUACUGCUCGGUGAGCCCAGCCCUAGGCUGGGGUACCGCGCUAUAUAAGACGUCUUAUUAUUAUUAUUAUUAUUAUAUUGAUUUAUUUACACAAUUUGUCUGUGUCUCAAUAAUCUACUCAAAAGCUUUAUCGCUGUCCAACCCUCUUGUAAUUUUUGUGUAAAAAUUAUUCCCCUUAUUAAAUAAAUAGAUGUUGAUCUGGAAUAGCUGCAAACAUGAUGAAAAAAAUCCUAAUAAUAAAUUCAAAAUGUAUAAAUUUAAUCAAGGAGAGGAAGGCAACGAGAUCUUAUAUGGUACUUCAGACGGAAGAGUGGGAUUAAUGCAGAUAGGAGCGUAAGUCAAUUAUCUAAUCAGUUUCUCUCACUGUCUUGUAUGGUAGCUUCAUUAAAUUGCAUUGUAACAAUAUAUGUGUCUGGGGAAAAAAAAUUAAAUAUUUGUUGGCACAACACAUAAUCUUUUUAAAAGAAAAAAAAAAUUUGGCACUGCUGUAGUUUUGUACCUUGCUUAUAUUAGAAAAAAUAUUAUGAUAAUAUAUUUCAAUCCUUUUUUCCAGGCUGAUUCCAAGCCAUCGCUGGGAGUUGCCCAACACAAGAAGGGGUGGAGGUAAUAGAUAUCAUUUGAGUGGGGGUAACAUUGUGAAUUAGAUUAAAUUGGACAGAAAUGUGGAAUAACAUUGACCAUGAGAUUGAUCGUGAGAUGGGGUAAAAUUGGAAAUUCUAAACUUAGACAGUCAACUUAUUUUGAUAUUACUUACUUUCAUAAAACCAUUAUAUUAGAUCGUCCAUAAAAAAACAACAACAAAGAAAAAAAACAAAUAUGUAGACUGGGAGUUUUAAUUUUCCAAAUGUAUGGGCCUAUAUAUAUUUGUUUUUUUGUUAUUUUUUAAUUUGAAAACUAAUUGCAGUUUUUGAUGCCACCACUGACUUUAAUAUGUGUCUGUAUACAGGUGUCCUUUGUUUAGACAGCUAUGAUAUUACUGCAGAUGGCGUCUUAGACUUGCUGGUGGGCAGGGAUGAUGGGCAGGUGGAGGUUUACAGCUAUGACGGUGCUGAUGAGCCUGUAUUCCGUUACAACUAUGUAGGUGAUACAAUCAUAUCUUUUUUUCAUCUUCUCACUUUAAAAUUAAGUUAAGUUUCAACCAUCCCGUCUGAAAUCAACCACUUGGUCUUUCUUUGAGUAUUUAUAACAAGCUGUGUAACAUGUAAGAAAAGCUUAAUAGAGCUUAAAUUACAAAUUGUCAGACUACACAAUCUGAACAGUUUUAUUUAAAUUAAGUUUUAUCAGCAUUACUUAGCCAAAAUAUCAUUUUAAUAAAUUUGGUUACAAUUUGAUUCAUGAAGUAAAAAUAUUAUUUUCAAGGUUAUUUUAUUAAUUAAUAAUAAAAUUUUGCUUAUUUUAGUGGAACGCUUCAAAAUGUGUUAUGCUAUAAAUGAAAACCUGUAGAUAUAUGUUAUUGGAACAUUUUCAUUGAUGAAGGCAUUAAUUUCCUCAGUCUGGUUCUGAAAGUGUUACAUCUGUCAAAGGUGGUCAUGUAGCAACAGCCAGCUUCGAUGAAAUUAUUUGUUCCACCUACGCAGGUGAGACAUUUUCCAGCUGAAAUCAUUUGCAUUUUCCUUUUAAUCCUUUGUAAUAAAUAAUAAUAGGAUUGUUUAUAAAUUCUUUCUGAUUGGAUAAUUUGACCUGGCACCUACAGUGUGUCCAUAUUGUUUCUUUCCAAAAUGACUAUAACUUCAUUAAGAUAAACAUUAUUCAUGAUCCUUAAGGUAAAGAAGCAAAUGGAACACCGCCUUUCUCCAAACAAAAUUAAAUGUAUAAUAUUUGAAAUUUGUUUUAUUUAAAAGCUUGAGAUUUUUAAAUUUUGGAUAGUGGUAUGGGAUUUUUAAAACGAAGCCAAAUUCUUCCUAAAACAUUGGCUGUUUGGUAUUGAACUAUUUUAAAAAAAUGUAUCUGUCAAAGUUGGUUUCAUUCAGGCUGUGUGUAUGGGUUAAGUAAGAAACCCUGGAGCCAGCCGCUAAAGCAUGGCUUCACAAAGGAAGGUGUUGCUAUAGUGAAGCAGCUAAGGUAAUUCACUUGGAUGGGUUCGUACUGAAUUUCAGCAUUGGUAAUCUGAAAGCAACAUUUUAAUAUGCAUGGGAACGGAUAGAAGGGAGCUAACUCUCUAAUGCUUCUUUGAUGUUGUCAUGCUGGAAAUUCAGGACUUCAGAGUUAUCUUACCUUGCUCUGCUGUCAAAUUAUAGAAUGCUCUGUAAAGUCUGAAUUCUUGCUUAGUCGUAAGAAAAAAAACCAUUAUCAAAGUCAAUUUGUCACACUAAUGCACUGCUGUCAACUUGUCUCUUAACCAUUAAAUAUCUGUCAGUUAUUUAAUGAGCGGUUUAUACUAACCUUUAUUCUUAAAACCAUACUCUUGUAGAGUUUCAAGGAUGAGAAAAGCAAAGAUCAGUUAAGUUUCUCAUCAAACUCUCCUAUUACUUCUUUACAGCUCCUGAAAUCCUGUGGUCUUUUAUAAACACUGAGAACUUUGAUUCUACAUUAGAAAAUAAUGAAACAAUCUUUGAAGCAAGAGUUUUUAAAUUUUAAUCAAUCAUUUCUUAAAAAAACAACAAAAAAAACCUCUUUCCUUUCAAGAUAAUGUACUUUUUAAAAAAGCUGUAGUAUUUGCAUGUUAUUAACCAAUGAAAUUUUUGUAUUUAAGUGAUAAAUGGAUUGUCUUCUCUUAAACAGGCAAUAUAAUUUAAUCUCUUCAUCUCUUCAUCACCAUAGUCAAAACAUUGAACUGCUUAGCACCUUUUCACUGUAGUUCAUUGAUUUGAAUGUAGUUUUUUUGUGUGUUUUUUUUUUUUGAGAAAUGCAUGAAGUGUGAAAGAAACCAAAGCAUUAUUUUUGUUGUUUUGAGGGUUAAACUUUUCCGAAAUAAUUUGGACUUAGAAAUUUUACCUGUAUGAAGGUUUUCUAGCUAUAUGAGGGUUUUCUACCUUUAUGAGGGUUUACUACUUGUUCUACUAUUAAUCUCUUGUCUCCUUCUUAAAAUGUUUGACUGAUUUAAAAAAAUGAAUCUGAGUUGAUGUAGUAAAUGUCUGUAGGACAGGAUUUACUAUAAAUUUUACGUUUGGUUAAAUUAGAUAUCAGUAAUUUUUCUUGAAGACAGCUAUGUUUCAACUAUAAAAUUACUGUAAAAACAUUAAAAAAAACUAAACUCAUUCACAUAACCCUGUAAUUUAAUCAAUUUGAAAAUGCAUGUUUAACUUUUAGAAUCCGUUUUAUCUGCUUGGUCCUACAGCACCUAAUAUUAGCUAAUAUGCUAAAGUUUAGUUGCUUAUCAAUUAAAAUGUGUACAAAUGUUUUGGUUAGGGUUAACAUAAGCCAUUGAAUGAAAUAGAGGAUACUCAAAAUUUUCAUCAAAUCCAGAUAAAACCUGUAGCUGGCUCCUAGGGCUAUGACAAUGUUAAGUCUUAGGGCUACGCUAAUGUUCAGUUUUGUACAAAUAAACGUAAAGUUAAACAGCAUUAAAUAUUGUUAUCAUUGUAAAUAGUUUUAAUUAUUAACUUGAAUUAAGGGAUUGUUCAAGAUACAUUACAUUACACCGACUGAUUUUUGCGUGCAAUAUCAGAAUCAGGUAGAAUUGUUUCUAAUGAGUGACAACUGUAGUCCAUUGAUUCAUUGAUGUAUCGGUGCGAUGGUGCUUGACAGCGUGAAAUGCCAAGGUGCAUUCACCUGCUGAAACAAAUUCAUUGCUUUUCAAACCUGGUGAUUUGAAACAUUUAGUAACUUUGCUAGAUGAAGUUUUUCAGAGAACACUCUUAACAUUCUUUUUAACAUGUGCACCUUUAAAUCCAGUGCACCUUUAAUGGCAAUUCACUUAUUCAGCUUCCAAGUUAUAUCUGGAUAUUGGCUUUUCAGUGCAUCUAUAAACAUACAUGUUUCAGCAUUUUUUAAAUCUAAUUUUUUUAAUUUAAGUUGAAAUAAAUAAAUUAUUUUUCAAUUAUCAUGAACUCACAUUACCGUUAUGUGUUAAGUUUACAAAAAUGACUUCCGCGACCUGAAAUUUCAGUGGUUACAUUAGUAAACAUUACUAUUGAACUAAGAAUUGCUGGCGUGCAUGUUUGGUUCACAGAACAGAAUGGUAUACAACAUGGAAAAGUUAAUAAGAAGGUAUCGAUCGGGGACGGACAGAGGAAAAACAUGGACAAAAUCCAUAUUUUGGAAAAGCCGCAGGGCAGGGGCCUAACAAGAAGACAUGUCUGGGCAAACCCAGACCACAUGAUAACCCUUGUUUUAGUUACAACAUAUUGGUCCAUAAAUUAGAUUUAAAUUAAUGUAUUUCCCCAAAUCUGAAGUGUACUGCAGUGCUUACAGUCAAAGUUUCUUCACUCUUAAUGCCAUAGAUAUAGACAUCUGCUCAUAGGCUUCUCAUCAAAUGCCUGGCCAUUAUUAACCUUGCAUACAUCCUUUAAAACUUGCUCUAAUCUUGCAACUGAUGCCUUAAAACAUAUAAAACAUGGGGUUCUCAACUGGGAUCUGUUCACACAUCAGUAGAUAGGAUUUAAGGGUUUGGGGUUUAGACUUUAGGGUUUUGGGGGUUAUGUUUUAGGGGUUUAGGUUUUGGGGGUUUAGAGUUUUGGGGGUUUAGAGUUUUGGGGGUUAUGUUUUGGGUGUUAUGUUUUGGGGUUUAGAGUUUUGGGUGUUAUGUUUUGGGGUUUAGAGUUUUGGGGUUUAAAGUUUUGGGGGUUUAGAGUUUUGGGGGUUUAGAGUUUUGGGGGUUAUGUUUUAAGGGGUUUAGAGUUUUGGGGGUUUAGAGUUUAGGGUUACUGGAAUGAGACUAACAAAUAUCUAUUCUUAAACUGAAAAUGUGAAAUUUGAGUUUUCAUACUUUCCAAAGUCUUCAUCAGACUACAAGAGGAGAACAAGACUAAACAAGUGUCCAUGAUAUAAACAAAAAGGUUAAGCAACCCUCUCAUAGUAAAUAAAUUUCCUGAGCUUUUCAAAGGUAUGCAAAUCAAGAAGUCCAUUUCUCAAACUUUAAUCUCAACCAAUCUUGUAUCUCCUCUGUUGAAUGUAAAUGUUUAAUCAUUGUCUAGCUCACCCUGCUGCCAAUCAAACAGUCUUGUGAAGUCCUAACAGUUCUCUGACUUCAAAUAAGCUUGUUGAGUCAAGGUGGCAUACUUGUCUCCAGAUUAAGUGAUCAGCAUCUAAACUCAACUGCCUUUGCUUAAGAUAGCCAAACAAUUGUUCAGAUAUACAAUUUGGUUAUAGGUUUUGUUUCCAUUUAACAAUUUUGACAAAAAUAGUAAGGAUCAAUCAGAAUGAAGAAAAGAGAUUAUAUUUUAUUACAAUUUAUAAAAAUCUUUUGCAUAGACUAGUAUUUAUUUUUUAAAAGUUUUGUAAAUAAAUUUUGAGAAGAAAAUAACAAAAAAAAAAUUCUAAAAAGUAACUGGUCGAUUACAAACAAUGAAAGAUUUGACAGGAAAUUGAACACACACAUGACUUGGUUAGUUAGUAUUUAACUCAUUACACGCCGUUUGCUGUUAGUUUUAGUCUUAAUUUAUUAAGAUUUGCUGCAUUCUGAUAAAGGGAAGUUAUUUCCCCAUAAAGGGAAGUUAUUGCCCUUUGUGGACACUACUCAUCUCUCUGUACACAGGGUAAUUAUAUGGUUAGAUGCUGUUGCCCCACAGUCGUACUUUCGACUUUGCUUACUAACUGCAUGUGUAGCUUCUGGUGUUGGUUCCCACAGGUUGGGUCUUUGCUCUCACAACUGAGCACUUGGUCAAAGAGGCGGGGCCUCAGCAUGUUGCUAUGGAUGCUAUAGCUGUGGCAAAAAUCAGCAACCUCAAGUAGGUCGUAACUAACACUAUUCUAAGCUCACUCAUGUCUCGCAAGUAUUGUAUUAUUAAUUUUCGGGGUAUAUUUAUAAUAUUUGAAGCCUUAUUUAUUAAUUAAUGUCUAAAAAUUUUCUUGUAGAAUGGUUAAGUACAUUAGAUAUCUAAGUGAUUAAGUGCAAGAAGUUAGUAUCAUCUUAUUCAUUAUCAAGUAAAUUUUAUAACUAAAACUUUUUUUUAACAUUAGAGCCAAAAAAUUAAUAAAAUUAUUUUUAUUUGAAAUGGAAGCCAAAAAAAAUUAAAAAUUCAUUUUCUAUUUUAAAACCCAUGGAAUACAAAAUAUUGUUUCCUUCUGAUACAGAAUAGCCCUGGUAAAGUAGACACUUAAAAUGCACUAGUAUAAUAUUACAAUACCCUACUGAUAAACUAUAAAAUUCCCUACAGGAUGCCCUGUAAUAUUCAAUCAUAUGUUGUAAAUAUAUGUCAAGUCAGUCUUUGGUAACCUUUUAUGAUUUGAAAUGAACCAUAUAACCAUAAACAAUCAAAGGUCAGAGCUUGAUGGCCUCCAAAAGAAAGUGUCAGAUGAGAGAGAGAAAUACCACCAGACGGCCACCUCUAAGACAGCUGUGUCAGCUGUCCCACUUUUCCCUAUCAAUGACAAGUUUGUGCUUGACAAGGAUGAUGCCAGCUACACUUUGAGCAUAGAGCUGCAAAGCCCCAUAGAUAAUGUCUUACUGCAGGUUUGUUUGUUCUAUAGAACUCAACAGUAGUUUUGAAGCCUGGAGAUUAAUCAGUUUUAUUACGAAAAUAAUGAAUUAAAUAAAGCAAAUAUUUUAUGUAAAAAUGUGUCAUAUGACAACAUAUAAAUAUAUAUUUAUCUAUCUAUAUAUAAAUUUACCAACUCAGAUUGUUAGCUUCUGUAAUCUUUUAUUUUCUUAAAAGGUGUUCUAAUAAAUAAAUGAAACAAUCCAUUGGGAUGGUACAUUUUGCAAUUAAAUUCUUCUGAUAUCAUUGUAUUUUUGUUUAUUUCAUUAGAGUGAUGUCCCAGUUGAUCUGUUAGACAUAGAAAAAAAUUCCGCUGUUGUCAGUUAUUCAGCGUGUAACCCUGAGGUAACCAAUAUUUUUAAUUUAACUGAAGUAGCGUGCACUGCAGAUUUUUAAAAACUUUAUCUUAUUUUACGUAUGAUUUUGAUGUUUUAAAAUAAGAAAAUUACCAUUUUUUUAACUGUGUUAAAAACCGAUAUUUAAAAAAUAACCUAUCAUAACUAUAAAAUAAACUAUUACAUGAGUAACCCAGUAAUUCAAACAUUUGCUAAAUUUGUGGAUAUUAUUUUCCAAGCUGCCACUCUCAUUUGCCUUUGUAACUAAUCUGAAAUUGUAUUUAGCUAUAAUUAUAUUUAGUAUAAUUAAUUUUACAUAACACUAAUAGCUUACCGUAUUUUCUGGCGUAUAAGAUGACUUUUUAACCCAUGAAAAUGUUUCAAAAGUCGGGGGUCGUCUUAUACGCUGGGGGUUGUCUUAUGAGCUGGUGUACAGCCCAAACCCUAGAUUUUAAAAGGAAAAGUAGGGGGUCGUCUUAUACGCCAGAAAAUAUGGUAAUAAAAAAAUGUAAAAUCCUUUAUUUUUUUCAGAAAUAAUUUUUUUGUUUUCCCUGCCAGUUAGUGCUUAAAAGUGAUAUAAAAUAACAUAAUCUCUUUGAAAAGGGAUACAUUUUUUUUUUUACAUAAAACACUCAUCUACAGGAAGGUAACUUUCUUUUGGCCACAUAUCGCUGUCAGGCCAACACAACUCGGCUGGAAGUGAAGAUACGUUCCAUCGAGGGCCAGUACGGAACGCUUCAGGUCUACAUUACACCUCGUAUACAACCCAAAACUUGCCAGGUGAAGCAGUACCCAAUAAAACCCCUGUCAUUGCAUCAGAGAGCCCAUGUCUUUGAUGAAAAUAGGUAAAUAGAACAUGAAAGCGCUUGCAUCUUUAUUUUAAGUUGAAAUUUUCUUUCUUUGUUAUUUGACAUUAUUUUUUUGUCAUACAGCAUUUUGAUUUGUGCCAUAUUUUGUGUCAUGUAAAAUUUUUGUCGUAACAUAUUUUUUUGUCGGACCAUAUUUUGAUGUGUACCUUAUUUUUUUGUACCAUAUUUUGUGAUGUACCAUAUUUUGUGUUGUACCAUAUUUUGUGUUGUACUAUAUUUUGUGAUGAACCAUAUUUUGUGUUGUAUCAUACACAAAGAUGGUCCGAAAUGUCUAAAAUUAACAUCACGCUUGAGUUUUGUUUUUUGUGUCUUACAGAUUUCAUGAUCCACUCUUCCCCUUUUGUGACCCCACUCUUCCCCCUUCAUGACCCCACUCUUCCCCUUUCAUGAUCCACUCUUCCUCUUUCAUCCAGCUGCUGAAAACCCCAAGUCCAACUUAGAAAUUUAGUUUAUUUAUAUAAUUUUUUUGCAUGAAUUCUUCCCAAAUCUUAAUUUAAUUGAACUUGUGAUUCCAUGGCUUGUUAGGGAAGAAAAACAAUAUUGCACAUCUAGCACCUUAGAUCAGCAAAUGCUAGUUGUGUCUAAAGCCCAAAAAAUGAAUCAUGAAGCUUAAAGUCCAAACUAACACAUUUUGACGAGCUACUUUAUACAUACAUCAUAUGGUGCAGCCCUGGUGAACUGAUGCCAUACAAAUUAAAUUAACUUUGAAUCUUUCAAAAAGGCAAAAUAAAUUUAAGCUUGAAUAAAUCUGAUUAACUUCCUGUUUUAAUUUGUGAUUGCAUGUCCACCAGACCUCACAAUACUCUGACACUGAAAGGACAGUUCAGCAUGGCUGAGAUACACUCCUGGCUGUGUUUCUGUCUGCCUGAGCUCCCAGAGAGGGCGCCAGCAGGAGAGACAACUAACUUUCAGUUUGCUUCUACUUUCCUUGAUACACAGUUGGACUGCACUUACAGGUGAAUUGUAUAAAUAUUAGGUGGUACAAAUUGCAAUGAAAACUACAGGUAACGAUUUUGUAGUUAACUUGAUUAGUUUAAUUUUAUGCAUAUUAAAUUCUCACUUGAGCUUGUUUGCUCCCCUAAAUCCAAACAUCAUUGCUAUAUUUUACAUAUUUUAAUGGACACUCAAGUUAUUUGUCCCGCAAUCACAUUAGGUGCCUCUGAAAGUUCAGUGUAGUAGCAAAUACUGGUCAGUCUAAUUUCUGACGUCUUGUGUUUUCCAGGAAGGGAGAAGCUGUGUUCAGAUCUGACAAUAUCUCAACAAUCUCAAUUCUGAAAGAUGUUUUAUCAAAAGAAGGAACAAAGAAGAAAAUAAGACUUGAUAUUUCUUAUGGUAUGCAAAAUUUCUAAUCGUUAAUGAAAUGUGCAGACUGAAGUUACCAGUGAUCACAGGCCUGGCUGUAGCCACAUGAUAAACAAGCUGCAGCUAUGGCCCUUUGUGUAACAGUGAUGUAGCAAAGAGGAAGUCUCUAUUGUCUAUUUCAACUAACCUCACCAUUUAUCUGAAAUAUCUGUGUAAUCAGUUAUCAGGAAUAGGUUAAUCUAAAUUUUACGUAUUAAAAACAGGAAACAAAAACGCAAAAAACUACAAUUUGCUUUAAUUAAAAUGAAAACUGGAGAGUUUUUCUCAACAUAUGUAUUCGCUGUUGUUAAACAAAUUCUCUUAAACUUAAAUGUUUUUAAAUUCUGAUUCAAAAUGUCUCUACAUAUGUAUAUUUUGUAAUAAAUUGAAGAUCCACCUAAUUUUGAAAGAUUUAAAACUCUCUUGAGAUUAAGCUGGCUACUAAAUUUUUUAGUGGUUCGAGACAUGUUUUGGGAAUUAGAGAAAUAAGCAGUUAACUUUGAUAUCCAAGUAAAACCAAUAAUUUCUAUGGUUUAGGCUUUAAAAUAAUAAUUCAUAUGCUAGAAAUUGCAACUACCAUUCUUUCUUUUUCCUACCAGAAAUUAAUGAUGAGUCCAUUCCUCAUACCCUAAGGUUGAUCCAUCCAAGACUGGAGCAACAGUUGUUGUUAGCUAAAAAAGUUCAACUUAUUGAUGCACUAAAGGCAAGAGAAAAUCAAUAAAUUUAAGAAAAAAAUAAUUUUCAGGAGGGUGUGCAUGUUACAAGACUAGACAGGAGUGGCACAGGAAUUCAAUGACGUAGAGGGCCUUAGGACAUAGAUUAAAAUUUGGAAAGCGUUAUACGCAGUCGGCUGCGUAUAACUCUCAGGGUUAUACGCAGUUGGCUGGGAAUUUAGCCAAAUAAGGUUAUCAAUCGCUUGUUUGGCAAUUUAAAAAAAAGUGUUAUGUGUAAUGAGCUGCAUGACGGAUUGUUUUGAACUAGAACUUUGAAUGUGUUUAACGUAAAAUUUUAAUUGAAUUAAUUUUAAUUAAUAUUGAAAUUGAUGAUAGCAAUAGUAUUAGUAUUAGUGCUAUUAUUAGUAUUAUUGCUUGUAUCUUAUAUAUUAUAAUUAUAAGUAUAAGUCAAAGUCUACAUUUCUUAGAGUCUAAGCCUAAGUCUUAGAUUUUUUUAAAGGCAUUUCCAUGGUCUAAGUCUAGUUAUGUAUUUUGAUUGAUUAGGUUUUUAUAUGUUGCUAUGACUAUGUCUAUGUCUAUGUGGUUGGUUUUACUGACUAAUUCAGGAAAUACAUUCUAUUUAUCUUUUUUUAAAUUUUAUCAUUUAUGAUUUUUUUUUUUUGAUGACCUAAAUGUAACAGUUUUCAGCUUCCAUGCAAAACUAUAACUGUGUGAAAGUAUUACUUACACUGCCCCCUCUACAGAACCCCUGCCCCUACAGCGAUUUUUUUCCUGCUACUCUCAACCCAUGAUUAUUUUUAUUACUGUACCAGUGAAACAUGAUUUUAUCUGCCACAAAAUUAGUUAACAACACAAACAUAUAUUUGAUAAUUAUAAGUAUAACAUUAUUAACAUUACAUUGGUCAAGUUAAUAAUUCUUCUCAUGUUUGAACAUUUUUUAGCCAAAAAAAAGUAAGACAAUAAGCCUAGUUGUUGCUUCAUUCUCGAGAAAAAGCAUAGCAACUAAUGCGUAUUCAUGGCUUACCGUUGGCUGGAAUUGAACUCAAGACCACCAACUUGAGGUUUGGUCAGUUUAGACCAUUCGACCAAACAGUCACCCGAUUUCAAGGCACCCUUAUUGAUUGAUACUGUUACACAGGAAGAAUAUAGACGUCACGUGACUUGCCGACUGCGUAUAACUCUCAGGGUUAUACGCAGUCGGCUGCGCAUAACCACUUCGUUAAAAUUUACACAAACAUUUUAUUAAAAAAAUUUUUUUUAAAUAACUCAAGAACCAUACCUACAAUGUUUGUUUUUGCUGCUGAUAUUAUUUUUGUCUGUCUCUGAAGUCGAUGUUUCUUUCUUUCUUUCUUUUUUUUUUUUUUUUAACACUUUUUUAUUUUUUUAAAUUAUUGCUUUGCCUUAAUUUAAUCUGAUUUAAGUUUAAAUGUUUUUACUACUAAUAAAUAUUUAUUUUUUUUUUUUUUUUCUUUUUAUUUGUUUUUUGUUUUUUUUUUUUUUUUUUUUUUUUUUUUUAACACUUUGAUAUGUAUAUAAAUUACUGCUUUGCCGUAAGUUAAUCUGAUCUAAGUUUAAAUGUUUAUACUACUAAUAAAUAUUUGGAAAUUGUAUUAGUUUAGUAUUGUUAAAAAUUGUUAAAACUAAUAUUUCCCCUAAUGUAACAGAUGUAUUUUCAAUCAAACAAUUUUUUUUUUUGAGCUUGCUUAUAUUAUACAUCAAUACCUACAUGUCUCUCAAAAAUAUUUUCAAUUUGACAAUCAUAUUCGAACAUUAUUUAAUGAUUUAAUCCAGGUCAAAACUUUAAGGCAUAUUUAUAUUGUGUAAACAAAAUUAUAAUUAAUAUAUUUAUAACAAUAUAAGAAGUUUUCCUUGAUGAUGUCCAAAAAAUGUAUUUAAAACUGUUAUUCUCUGGACCGACAGGAACUUCAGGUAAAUGAGCCAGAUUUGAGUUUCAUGGCAUCAGAGUACCAGGAAAUCUUAGCAGAAGCAGAGGAACUUAAGGCAGAGUUUAAGAGACAACCGUGUCACUUAGAGAGACUUUAUGGUAGGUCUUACUUACAUUAUUAAACUUCAUGAAUGCUAGGUCUUGUAUCAUAGGACUGUAUGAUGGGUUGUAUUUCAUGAGACCCUGUGUGGGAAGUCUUGUAUCAUUAGACUGUAUGAAUAGCAAAUGUUGUACUGUACACUACUUUGGUAGAAGUAGAAUGGGAGACCUAAUUAACAGAAUACAGGCAGCAAACCCACAAGUGGAAAUACCUUUUAAAAAUGAUAAAAAAUCAUUUAAGAGACAUUUUUCUUUAAAUAGAUUUUAUGACAUCAGAGCACUUUGAGCAUGCUAGAAUAGCAUGGACACAAGCUUUGAGCAUGCUAGAAUAACAUGGACACAAGCUUUGAGCAUGCUAGAAGAAUAGCAUGGACACCAGCUUUGAGCAUGCUAAAAUAGCAUGGACACAAGCUUUGAGCAUGCUAAAAUAGCAUGGACACAAGCUUUGAGCAUGCUAGAAUAACAUAAACACAUGCUUUGAGCAUGCUAAAAUAGCAUGGACACAAGCUUUGAGCAUGCAAAAAUAGCAUGGACACAAGCUUUGAGCAAGCUAAAAUAACAUAGACACAUGCUUUGAACAUGCUUAAAUAGCAUGGACACAAGCUUUGAAGAUGCUAGAAUAACAUAGACACAUGCUUUGAGCAUGCUAGAAUAGCAUGGACACAAGCUUUGAACAUGCUAAAAUAGCAUGGACACAAGCUUUGAGCAUGCUAAAAUAGCAUGGACACAAGCUUUGAGCAUUCAAAAAUAGCAUGGAUACAAGGACCAUUCAAGUACCGGUAAUCAUAGGGGUCUAAUAAUUCUAAAAUGCCUUGAAAAUUUUUUCUCCACCCACUCCUCUGUUUAUUUUUUGCCAGGGAAUUUAAAAAGAAUUAAUUUAUUUUCUAUAUGUUAAUGCCAUUUUUGUGCCACAUUCAAACUCCAGGUAUGAUCACUGACUUAUAUAUUGACAAGUACAAGUUCAAAGGUCAGAAUGUGAAAAGUAAAGUGCCAGCCCUUCUGGAGUUGUUGGAUGUUUACGAACUUGAUUCCUUGAUUUUAUUCUUUGAGAAUUCUGCAUAAAUACUGUUUACUUUCCUGAAUUAUCAUUACCGUUAGUUCUAAGAAUGUAAUUUCAAGAUUGAGCAGUUUUUAAGGUUUUCCUUCUUUUAUCCGUCCAGUAUGUAUGUCAUAAUAAUAUUUCAUAUAUGAAUUUAUAAAAUCUCGUAUGUUGUGUCAUUAUUUGAUAUAUGUUACCGGUAAUUAAAUUAUUAUAUUUAUUAGAAAUAACCUGCAAAUAAAAUUACCAAUGCAGGAAUAUCCAAUCUAAUAAGCUUACUUGAAAAAAACAGGCAUUCAUCAAGGAAUGCACUUAAUAAGAAUCCCAAAUUAGUGCAACAGUAAUGCAAACUUCUGGGAAUUCUAUUUUGGGCCUUUAUUGAACACAGCGUUACAGCCAUGCACUUAGGGAAUUGUUAUUUGUGUUAUUUUCUUAAAUGUCAACAUUCCAUACUUGAAUUUCUUUUUUAUUAAAUAUGUGAGGACUAGGGCUUUAGAUAGUCCCUGAAUUAUUUCUUUGUUUGUAUGGUGUCGUCUUAGUGCCAAUGGUUAUAUAAUUCCAGCAAGGUGACCAUUGUUAAUGGACUCACUGAAAGCAUCAAAGCUUAUGUUACAUUACAAUUUGUUUUAAAAAUUCAAAACUUAAAACCUUCAUAAAUAUUUAUUCAAAUUUAGGCAAGAAAAUAAAUAACUACAUCAGAUUA